UCUUUCUCUAUGGCUUUUCAUCUCGUUAUUUUGUUUUUGUUUGUUUAUUAAAGUUCUGUUGAAUUUUUAUUGGUGUUGAAAGAUCAUGCGUUAAAUUUGCUGAGCAUUUUAUAGCUGUAUUUGUUGCUGUAAAACGCAUGGUAUAUUUUUUUUUUGUAAAAAUUAAUGUUUACAUACGAAAAAUUAAAAAACUUAAUGAAUUGUUUGCUGGUGUAUAUCUAUUAAAUUAAAGUUCCCCUCAAAUGAAUGGUGCAAUAUUAGGUUCCCUAUGUGACACACUAUCCAUAAAGCAAACCAACAACAACGUUAUUCCUAAUAUUUGGCAUAAGACAGAAUAAACCGUAACGUUAAGACAAAUCUUAAUAUAAGGUCUCAACUAAUAAUUUUUUGCGACAAAAUAUAUACAAAUAAACAAUCGCAAGAACUAAGGAAACCAAAAAUCGUAUCCAAAUAAAUGUCACAACAUACAAAGAAAGACAAAGAAUCGAAUAAUGCGCGUUUGCGUAAACAACAACAACAGCAACAACAUCAGCCGUAUCAUGUAGAUCAACAAAAAAUACAAAAGACAAAAAACAGUGGCAGCGUGACUAGCCUUUCUCAACAUAGUAAAAAAGUAAACGGUGGUGGCUUACAACAACUACAACAUUUGCCACCAAACGCCAUUGGACCUGCCGCUGCCAACAACAUGAAACCUCACUUUAAAUUAUUUAAUAAUAAACAGCAAAAGGAUAGAGAUAGAGAGCGCGUCGAACGGGCAGGGUUAGUGUUAUGGCGUCGUCCCAUACCAACCUUAACAUAUUGUAGUUUAGAAAUAAUUGAAUUAAUUAAAACAUUAGGAAAAAAAUUACUGCAAAGAAAGACUUGGUUCGCCAUAUUUAUGGUUUUAGCUAGUUUUGUAGUCAUUUUAUACCACACACCGGGCUCUCAUCAAGUGGCUUUUGAUUUCUUUAAAAAUAAUACAUGGUUUGUGUUAUAUUGGACUGGUUUAGGUAUACUUUCGUCGGUUGGCUUGGGUACCGGCUUGCAUACAUUUAUUUUGUAUUUAGGGCCGCAUAUAGCCAGCGUUACCUUGGCGGCCUAUGAAUGCAAUUCAUUGAAUUUUCCAAAUCCGCCAUAUCCAGAUGACAUUAUUUGCCCUGAUGAGCCGUACGAGAAGAAAAUGCCGAAUCUCUGGGCUAUUAUGAGUAAGGUGCGUGUUGAAGCCUUCCUUUGGGGAGCUGGUACCGCUUUAGGUGAACUGCCACCAUAUUUUAUGGCCAAAGCCGCACGACUUUCCGGUUACGAUCCUGAUGAUACUGAAGAAUUGGCCGAAUUUGAAGCACUAAAAGCCAAAAAGAACGAUAAGGAUUUGAGUUUAAUGGAUAAGGGUAAAUUGUUUAUGGAACGUGUAGUCGAACGUAUAGGUUUCUUCGGCAUUUUAGCCUGUGCUAGUAUACCAAAUCCUUUAUUCGAUUUGGCGGGCAUUACUUGCGGUCACUUUCUGGUGCCAUUUUGGACAUUCUUUGGAGCUACUUUGAUAGGCAAAGCCAUUAUAAAAAUGCACAUACAAAAGAUGUUCGUUAUUAUAGCCUUUAAUGAGACUUUAAUUGAAAAAGCUGUCGAUAUGUUGGCUUUAUUACCGUUAGUGGGCAAAAAGCUGCAGGAACCGUUUAAGGGCUUUCUAAAAAAUCAAAAACAACGUUUACAUCGGCAGCGUAAUGUAACCCCAGCUGAGGCGGGCAAUUUACUCUCACGUAUCUUUGAGACAUUCGUAAUUGGCAUGGUGUGCUAUUUCGUGGUUUCUAUUAUUAAUUCGCUGGCCCAAAGCUAUCACAAACGUUUGCAUAAAAAACCCGUUAGCGGAAAUGCAGCGAAGAAACAUAAGAAAUUAGUCGCCCGCGAUUAAUAACUAAAAAAAAAAAAAAGAGUGCUCGCACUAAAAGAGUGAAAUAUGUGUAUAACUUCUACGUUUUUUAAAAUUUUUUUUGUAUAUCUCUUUUGCAUCUGUACUUUUCUUCUUCUUUUUCAUUUUAUUUUUUAUUUUCUUUUUUAACAACAUCCUUUAUUUGUGGGAAUUUAGUAAAUUUAGUAAAAUAUUUUUAUUUAAGUCUGUUUACACAAUUAUCUGUCAAUUGAUUUAAAAACCUAGUCUUAAAAAAAUUCUUUAGAAAAAAAUGUGCACUUUAGAGAAAAGAAAGAAGACCUGGAGUUAUGUCAUAAUUAAUAGAAAAGGGAAAACAAAACAAAAGUUGAUUGAUUCCAUUUCGUUAAGAAGUUAUAAAAAAAAAAUAAAAUUAUUUACACCGCCCACUUUCCAUUCCCCUCCCACUUACACGUCCUCUUUGAUCUCAUAUUUAUUGUACUCAAUGGUGUUCGCGCCUAAAAGAACAUUUCCAAGAAAGUUAAAUUAAUUCCAAUAUUUGUGUCUUGAAAACUUGAAUGGACGGACGGACGCAAUUCAGUCGCAUAUGCAAAAAUUACGUGUACUUGAUUUUUGCUCAUAAUUAUGAAAAAACUCAUUUUCGUUCUUUUCUUUUAAGUGAACGAUAUGGAAAAUUUAUUUUGGAUUUUUUUUUUUGAUUUUCAUUUGAAUUCUUUCUCAACUUUUCAACUGUAUUCGUAAUAUGAUUAAAUAUUCUCCAGGGACUGUAUAGGAAUUCAAUGAAUAUUGCUUUCUCAAAAAAUCUCCGAAGUCGUUUAAAGUCAUUAUUAACAUUAGUAAGUCGAACGAAGAACGGAUCGUCUGGAAAAAUAUAUACCCGGGAGACGUUGUUGUUUCCUUUCCGCUAAUGUAUUUGCUUCAUACUUCCAUGAUCAGAAUGUAGCUAAACUUUGCAUAUAGCAUUCAAAUAAUGGAUGAUAGAAAAGGUCUCCGCAAUUUUUUGUCACUAGCUGGCGUUGAUGCUUAAUAUACCGGGUCACCCUCAACUUAUUGUCGCAAACGGGAAGGUAAAAGUAAUAUUGAUAGUAAAAAGUUAUAUUGAUUUGAAAAUGAAUGAAAUAUCUGUAGGAAUACGCUAAGUGAUGUUUUUUUAUUAUAACAAAAAAAAAAGUAAAUGGGAAGAACCUGGCAAAAUAUUUGUAAAGUGUACGAUGAGAAUGCUGAAAGUGAACGAAGGACCUAAGAGUAGUUCUCUCGAUUCCGUUCCGGAAAGGUGCGUCUCCCUCUGAUCGAUCAGUCACUGAAAAAGUCGAUGAAAUUUUGUAACUUGUUGAGCAGGAUCGGCAUUCAAGCUAUCAAGAUAUAGCGGAGUCGCUAAAGAUUAACCACAUUCAAUGAUGGAAUCAUUCGAAAAGAGCAAGCUACAAAAAGAAGUUCAAAGAAAGAUCAAAAAACCCCCCCAUUGAGUCAAAUUGAAUUUCAAAUUGUUGUCCUCUUUGUAAUGUAGAUGCAGAAGAAACAGAAACUGUUCUUAUACAAAAACAAAGAAUCGUACAAGUCUUGAAAUUAUAAUUUAGUUUUGUAAGAUUGCCUCAUGUGUUGAAAAAAAUCUGUAAAGUUUCAAGUGAAAAAAGUUAAAGCUCAGUAGUUUCAAUAUUUCUGGAUUGUGAUGACUUCUUUUAUCAGCCUUCAUGCGUAAAUAUCUCUGUGAAUUUAUUUUUAUUUCGAAAAUUGUCGUUUUCGAAAACAUAAUAUUGUGGGCUUAGACUGUGCAACACUUUUCUCCGCGUUUCAGU